AUGUGCGAUGAAAGACGACCGGUGAGAGCAUCAGCUCCAAGCGCACGAAGAGCUUGCGACGCUUGCAAACGCCGAAAAGUGAGAUGCAAUGCUGGAGUGUCGACACCCUGCGCUAAUUGUGCAACUGCUCGGAUUCAAUGCUCUUACAACACAACCCCGGGGCGAAGAGGGCCAAAGCGCAGGACAGUUCCACACCAAGGAUCAUCAACGGAUGCCGACACAGGUCGGCGUACACCAUGGUCUGAAUCAACGAACGAAUAUACGGAACGCUGCAGACCCGAUAUGGUUCAUUCUACACCAGCGCUAUCAUUAGGAUUCGACAAUGGGUCUCCUCGAAGUACACCCUCAUUUACGAAUUCCUAUCACAAUCCCAUCCAGGCAAUCCAAGACGACUUGAGGGAUAGUAUAUCAGCCGUCGUCCACGAAACAUCCUUGCACACCGUUGCAGAUCGCUGCAUCAACCUCUAUAUGGAGCAUCUAUUUCCUAUAGCGCCAGUGAUCUGCGAGACUGACAUUCGUUCAUUUGUCCAGUUACUUGACGUACAACUCGAGUCUGAAGCGCCAACACCGCAGUCAUCACUUACAUCGAAUCGUGAGCGCCUUUCACGGAUCCGCAAGUGGACACUUCUUUCAGCUUUGUGUGCUGCCACUUCUUUCUUACUGCCUUCAUCAUUGUUUCCGGAGAGAGACCUCUUCGGACGACCUUUUCUCCGCGCUUCACGAGAAAUGUUGAAGAUCUAUCAGGAUCUAGAUAUUGAGCAGCCUGAUUAUACCUCUCUAGCCAUCAGGUAUUAUCACUCGAAUGCCUUUCAUGCUGUGGGCAAGACCAGGGUAUCCUGGCACGUGCUGGGAGAAGCCGUGCGUCUCACGCAAGAGAUGCGGCUAUUCGACGAGCAGACCUAUCUUGGUCUUGACCCAAUGGAAGCGCACCUACAACGAAGUACUUUCUGGCAGAUAUACACGGCCGACAAAUCUGCGGCAAUCCUGAACGACUGCCCUAUCGCUCUUCAUGAAAUGUGCUUGGGCACACCGGUCACCACUCUAUAUCCUCGCUCGCCAUACCUGUCUUGCACAAUCCAGGAUUCAUUACCGUCUACCACGAUUGUAGAGAGCUGUGACGUUGCUACCGGAUUUAACCUAUGUCAGGAUUUGUGGAUGAAGGCUUCUGAUCUUAUCUUGAGGCUAGGCGCAAUGAAGGCCUUACAGAACUCAACAAAACAAUCUACGUUUCUGCGGGACAUCCAAGUGGCCAUUACCUGCGAUCAUAUUCAGUUCGUCAGUAUCCUUGAUGAUCUACGAGUGGCAAACAUUUCGGACGUUGCAACACUGACUCGGGACGAGCGCGCUACCACACGACUUGUCAGAACCAGGAACGUCCAGCAGGCUAAUCUUCUUGUCACAUUUCACUGCUUGCGGCUUGUGUUGCUUCAAAAGUUCAAGGAGAAUGGGUGUUCGAGUUUACUUGGGAUCAGUGAAGAUGCGACAGCUUUCGCGCUUCGGCAGACCGAAGUCGCCAGCGAUAUGAUCCAAGUUUUGAAAGAAACAUCAAUCGAAUGCUUACAGCUCAACGGGGAACCUUGCGUUGAGAAGAUCCGCCGGGUUGGCGUGACACUGCUAGAAAUUGUGCACGAAGUCAAUAGCUUAGCACUUGUCGAACGCGCAAAAUCUCUCUUUCUUGUACUUCUUGAUGUUCUUGCGCUUCUAGACUCGCGCAUUUCCGAGGAGCUCAAUAUCAACAGGGGCUUCUAA